UGUAAAAAAAAUAAUAAUAAAUUUUAAAAUAAUUAAAAAUAUAAUAAUAAUACAAAAUAAUAUAACGAAUAGAAAAAAAGUGUUAACGAAUAAAAAUAAUAAAAGUGCAAUUUACAUUAAAAAAUUCGGCUUAAAAUAAGGAAUGUGGAUUUACUUCUGGCGAGUACUUUAAAUUCUAUAAGGUUGGAUGAUUAAGAAAAAAAGUUUUCAAAAUAAACCAUGUAAAUUUUGUUCAGUGCAAAAUCGUUUUGAAAGCCCUCAAAUUAAUUUGAACGAAAUCAACAAAUUGAGAAAAAAAAAAACAAAAAAUAAUUUUCACUUAAAUUUCAUAUAAUUUCUUUAUGUUAUUUAUGCGAGUUUUUGCGGUAAACAAAAAAUAUCAAUUUUUGUUUAUUGAAAAAACAAAAUUGAUAUUAAACCCAAAUACAUGCUUCAGUUAAGUUGAGUUUAACUUUAGCAGCUGCAACUUUAACUACAAAACUCAAACUAAAUUUGCAGAGCGAAAAAGUAAAAACUUUAAAGCAUGUCUGGCGGUUUAAUGUCUUGUGUAAGGGAAAAUUCCCCUCCCUUAGAUAUGGAUGUUAAUGUUUCGGGUCCGCUUUCUUUGCCAGAGCCCAACAUUAAUAACUCCGACCUAAUGGGCAGUGUACACUCAUCAUCACAUCAUAAUAUUAUGACUUCUACGCCGCUGGCGGCUCAACCCUCAUCAUCUUUACAUGCAGAGAGUGUAGGUGGCGGUGCGGGUGCAGGUUUUACACCAACUGCCACACCACCCAAUACAGAACAAACCAAAAGACGACGAUUUCAUCCGUUACGCAAUCUACGACGUAUCUUUCGCAGACGUACCAUAACCACAGCCACAGCAGCUGCCGGUGAUAAUACACCCACCUCCACAUUAACGGGUACUACGGCGAGUAGUAAUAGUGAAAAGAAUUUACGCAGUGCUACACUCUCGUCCAUAACAUCAGUGGCAUCGGCCUCAUCGCCAUCCUCACCACUUACCCAUCAACAGUUACAGGACGCUUAUUUGACACAAUCAUUGCCAAAAUCAAAAUCCGCUUACAGUUCUCUUUUGGGCGGUGGUAAGAAACAUCAAAGUCAUGAUUAUAAUUUGAAUGCGGAAACGAAGACGAAAUCAAAACAUAAACAUAAAAAUCAACAGAAACAUCAGCAACAAUCCAAAGAAUUAGAUUAUCAAUAUCAACAGCAACCAGAAGCCGAAGAUAUGUUUGGCACAACAACACAAACAUCAACAUCAUAUCAUCAUCAUGUUCAUUCAUCAUCAGCAACAUCUUCAUCAAUGGCCACCACUAAUGCGGCAGCCACAAAGUCUUCACUAUUGAGUCAGCGGCAAUCGAUGGGUGUGGCCGUUUUUCCGGGCGCCAUAAAUCGUAGUUUCUUUACGGAACGUCAAAAGUUACGCAGUGUUGGUGACUCCUCACAGGAUUUGGAUAGUGGCAGUGGUAAUGACAGUGGCACCGGUGGUGGUCAUAAUUCAUCAGCUGCAGAACGUGUGAAAAAUAGUGGUGGUAGCGCCAGUGGUGGCGAAAUGUCUGAUAGUCAACGUAGUUUAAGUGAAGGUCGUUUAGUUGAUAGUGAUUAUUCUCGCGAUGGUCUCUCCCAGUCGCACGACAGUGUUUUCUCCGAAUCAGCAACAGCCAGUAGUUUGUCUAUAGUUUUAAAGGCCGAGCUUGCUGAUGUCUUACGUAAACGUCGAAAUCGUCCAGAUGCCUCAGAUGAAGAUUUGGGCUUACCACGCAGUCCAGCAUCACCGCAAAGACGUGCGGUCAACUCACAGCAACAUGCUAAUACCGGAGCUUCAGCUUCGGCUAGUAACAAAUCGAUUAUGGGUGAAAAACACAGUGAAGUAUCCUCCCUGAGUUUAUUGAGCAUGAACAGUAAUGAGGGUGACGAUUUGAUGCUUAAUAGCACAACAAUAACAAAUAACUCGUCGACGACAACAACAACAGAGGUUGUUCAAGAACGUAGCACAGCAAACAGAUACUCACGAUCAUCGACUAUGUCGAGCAUAUCAAUGUCAUCGGAUAUUUUGAGACAUCGUGAUUCGUCAUUUAACGAUACUAAAGAUGAAGUCGAUUUAUUUUCAUCCGAUUGGCAACGUCUAUCACAUUCGGCGGCCAAACAUAAAAUGGCCAUAAGGCCGACCAAGAAAAAGGGUGGCCCUAGUCGGCAACAUAGGAGAACAUUGGAGACUUCCAUACCCGAGGCCAAUGAAGAUUUGAAUAAGUUCGUCAACAAACAAAUAUUGGAUGUAAAAGAUUUGGAUACCAAAGCUAAAACUCGUUCUCUCCCACCGGGCGUCAAUGCUGCUAAACUUAUGGAUGAAACAACAACACCACACACUGCCAGCAAGGAAUCGUCUAUAACGAAAACCACGAAAAUCAACAAUUCAAGUAGCACUCAAUCAACGAACUCUUCGAACAUUUCAACAACAACUACUAGUACUACUAACAUAUUUGGCUUGCGUAAUUUAACUGCCAAAGCCAGCGCCAUGUUUGAAUCCAAAGAUUCUCAACAAACCGAGGAGAUCAUUAAGAAAUCUGAAGUAUCUAAGAAAACCGAAAUUGUGGAUAAAACUUCCCAACCCAUGGAGACUACAGAAACUGGUUUCCUACGGCGUUUGAUGCAUCGCAAUUCAAAACGUUCUAUAGCCAAGGCUAAUGCAGAAGAAGGAGAUCAAGAUGAGCUUGAUAAGAAACAAAAUGAACCAAAGAAAAUACAAAUGUCGGUAAUGAAUAAUACGGUCACUAGCUCUAAUCUUGUGGAGAAGACCACAAGUGAAUUUGUAACUUACGAAAGUACAGUAGAAGAGAAACGAAAAGAGAUUAAAAGAGAAAUUUAUCAAGAAGGUAAAAUAAUGGGCUUGACAUCAGUUACAAAUAACUUUGCUUUAACAGCUAAAGAUGAGCGCAGAGUAGAGGACAAGUCACCGUCUAAACCCAAAUCAGGACCAGCUGCUCGUCAACGUUAUUUACCGCAGAACAUCAGUAAUGAGGAUUUGGUAAAAAUAAGUGAAGAAAAGUCAGUUUCUAAGGAAUCCAUACUCUCUAAAUCCUUAACCAAUGAAACUUUCCAAUCUACCUCUCUUAUACGAGAGAUUACCAAACAACAAUCCAGCAUGAAUACUUCGCCAACUAAGAACGAUCAUCAUUUCGAAAAGAAACCUAAAAUUGUGGGUCUCUCAGCUUUCCAGCAAAAAGUUUCACGCUCUAAUGAUUCAUUUGCCCGUUCUUCUUCAAACACUUCUAUGGUGUCCCUGGAUAAAUCUGAUGAUGAGUUAACCUCCAACAAACGCUUGCAGACAUAUGAACAGAAACAACGCAAAUCGGUGGAAAAGUCAAGAAGUUUUAGAGCCUAUGGUGAGCAAAAGGAAGAUAUCUCCUCCACUACGGUACACAAUAAUAUGCCCAGUUUACCCGACUUAAGUCUAAACUUAAGAGUUCCCUAUUAUAAGGAUUUCAUAGUAAACGAUAAGGAAUAUUCCUCUCCCUCACCACCAGAGCUACUGGAUGAAAAACAUACUUCUUUGGGUUUUGAAAUAAACGAUAAUAAAUUGGUGAAACCAGAAAGAGAAAACCGAAAGUCUUUCAGUAACUAUGAUAAAAAUAUAAUCAUGACAACCAGCUCUACUUGUUUGGGAGCCAGCAAAACUACACCCACCAAGCUAUUGACUCCAGCAGCUGUGGUAGCUCCCUUUAACAACUCAUCUACAAACUCAUGUAAUAAAAAUAUUUCGGAAAUAGAAAAUAAUAUAGAUUUGAUUGUCAAGUCUCCGUUUGUAAGUGUUAUACGAAAAUCUAUUAAUUUAACCGAAGAACAAGCAGAUGAGGUGACAAAAGUUACAGUUCCCGCAACAUUUGCCGCAGAAAAGGUUAGACCUUCGGUGUUGUCUUUGAAAAAAGAGAAAUCCUUGAGUGAAGAGAAUAUGUUGAGUUCUCCCAGCACAGCUUCGGUAAUACUGAGAGAUAAACCAGCAGUGAAAACAAAUACUCAAUACACUAGCAGUAUGGAAACGCAAACAAGAGAAAUUGAACGUAAAUCAGCACCAGCUGUUAAUAAUAAAACCACUAAUGGUUUUAGAUGUAACUCCACCCGAAGAUCUUCUAGUGUAAUGGAAUCGUCAGAGAUUAAGCAACGCUCGACAGUACCCGAAUUUAUGAAAAUACAAUUGAAUCGCGUGGAUCCUACUAGAACUUCUAAGAGUCAUGUAGUUUUAGCUAAAAAUGUUAAGGAAACCUCAGUUGUUGUCUCGCGGGCAAGUUCACCCGAAAAGAAUAUUAACAGUAGCAGUAUGGAUGAUUUAAGCUUUAGACGUUUAAGCAGUGAGAGUGUGGAUAUUAAUGAAAGAUCUUCACCUGAAACGGAAAAAAGAUUUUCAGGUCUUUAUCAUGAGGCCAUUAAUAAACAAGCUAAACUAUGUAUAGGACUACCGCCUAAGAGUCCCAUAAAGAAAACACCCACCACACCAACAACACCACCCACUCCCACCAUCAAUGAGAGAGAUGCCAGUAGAGAACAUUUUAAGAUGCCUGCUGAAACUUUGGAAAAUAACAAUAAUAAUAACAAUAACACUGCAGGCUCUAACACCAACUCUUUGUCUUUGCAAGAGCGCCGACGUCUCUUUAUGAAUGAGGAGAGAAACAAAAUGGAAAGAAAAAUGGAGGAAAUAAGAUUUGAACGCAAGAAAUCUUUAAGUGAAGAGGUAAGCAAAAAAUCCUCCACCUUAAAAUGUGAUGGUGAACAAAAGGAAGUGAUUAACAAGGAUCUGUCGCCGGUAGAUAGUUCAGUUAUUUUACGCAAAAAAUCAUUUGCUUCUUCGGUACAUUCUCUCAAUGGCAAUUCGGUAAAUGGUGGUAGCAACGGUAGUAGUAGUAGUAGUAGCAGCAGCAGCAAUAGCUCUAACAAAGAUGAUGCAACACCUGAACUAAUGAAAGUAUUUGCCCGAAGAUCUUUGAAAAUAAAAGAUGAAGAUUUAGACAAAAUGCUUAAUACGAAUAAUGCUAAUAGUAAUGUGUCGGCACCACAGACUUUAAAGAAAUUCAACAGUCCCUGCUCGAAUCCUAGUGUAGACAGUGAUAAAGAAAAUCAAUCGGCCAGUGAUGAGAAAUUAGAUAAAUUACCCAAAUUGGAAGCGAAAACUCACACCGGCCAAUCCACUCUAAAUGGCACGGUGGGCAAUACUAAUAACAAUAAUAAUCGCAAUUCUUUGGCCGAUUUUCGUUUAGGAGGCUGUAAGUUAGCACACUCGGCCUUGUCUAUGAAUAAUAAUAGCAGUAAUAAUAAUAAUAGUGCCGCCAGCAAUGGCGAUUCUACAACUUUAGCUAACAACAAAAGCUUUUUACCACCCAUUAAAAUAGCGGGCGGCUUUAGAGCCAUGUCCAUAGAGCGUAAUAACAAUCACAAUAAUGUUUUAUCACCUACUAAAGCGGCAACCACCUUGGAAAGAUCCACCAUUAAGCUGGGUGAUCUAAGUUCAUCCUCUAGCACAGAUGGUCCUUUAAAUAUCAACAAAACCAUUGAAAGAUCAGCCACUAUGGGCGAAUUUAAAGGCAUACACCAGAGAAGAGCCGAAUGGGAGCAAAGAGCCAAGGAAGCUUUAAAAUAAAAACACAAAGCUUUAAAGCUUUAACAAACAGCUGGCAAACAAGAGGCUUUCAAGUUGUUGUGGCUAAAAACAGAAAAAUAAGAGGGUUUAGAAAUAGUUAUUAGCAAAAUGCUUAAAUAAACCUCUUUUAUAUACAUAUAUGCCUUCCUUAAAACUAAACCUACAAAGAGCUUCUCUUCUUGACAAGAAAAAGAGCAUUUAUUUAAAAAUUUCUAUUUUUUAUCAACGAAAAUGUUUAUUAAUUCUGAGACUAUUUUAAAUAGAUUUAAAAUAUUUUUGAGAUUUUUGUUUCAACAUUUUUCGUUAACUUUUGUAAUUGUAUUAUUAUUAUUUUUAUUUUUUUUUUUUUGCGAAAAACAAAACCCCAACUUUAAGCUAUAAGACUUUAAGGUUAAAUUAUAGAAAACUUGUGUAAAUACUAAACAAAAACAAAUCAAUCAAUAAUAAAUUUAAGAGAAUUAGAUCAGUAAACUAAGAAAUUGAAAGAGAGAAAUUAUAAACUUACUCUUAAUAUAAACAAAGUUUAGCUGCAAUAUAAAAAAGCUUUUUUAGAAAAACUUUUUCUAAAACUUUCAAGAGAAACAUUAGCUAAUAGUAUGUUUAUUAAUAAAAUUUAGCUGCAAUUUAAAAAAGCUUUUUUUUUUAGAAAAGCUUUACAAUAAAAAAGAAAAAAGCUUCUUUAUGAAGAAAAAUGAGGCAAGAGUAUUGGUUAAGAGAAUAUUUAAGAGAACUUAAAAAAAUGAUCUUUUUUGGAACUUAAAGUUUUAAAUAAAAACAAAUCUUUUAAAUAUUAAUUUUAUUUAAAUUUCCUUUAAAAAACGAAUUUUAUUUAUUCAUUUUACACAUUUUCGAAAAUAAUUUUUCUAAAAUUUCAUUAAAAUUAAACAAAAUUAAUUUCAAUGAAAUUUGUUUCAUUCAUUUUACGCCAAAAAGAAAAUUAAAAUAAAAACAUUAAAAAGUUUUCUUAAAUACAUCUUUCUAAAUACUUUCUACAUCCUUUCGAAAGAAAGUAUAUAAAUUUUGAAUCGCAUUACAGAUUAUACGUCUAUUUUUUCUACUUUUCAAUUUCAAUUAAAUCCUUCAAAAAAAUUUGUUUUUAACUCAACUAAAUAAAAACACUGACUAAAUUAAAAUAAUUACAUUAAAUUUUUAAAAUUUAAAUUUUUCACUCACCUACAAAAUCAUAAAUCCAAAAUUGAAA